UAUAUCGUUGAAUAGUAUAUGAGCUGUUAAGUGUUAGAUAAAAUGGAAAAUCGUUGCACGUAAAAUUACUUGCCGACAUUUCUUCAUAACUAUCUGACGUGAACAGAGGACACGGUUAAAGAUGUUAAUUACCGAUGGAAGCGAUCUUGAAGGUGUUACGCGGGUUCAGGACAUAAAAUAUAUGAGGUAUCUGCGUAUUGUGUUGCGACCAAUCGGAGCAUGGCCCGGUCACGAGAUCGGUGAACCCAUAGGACAUUGGAAGAAGUACGGCAUUUUAAUGAUCGCCAACACUUGUAUGCUACUUCUUGGCGAAGUGCUAUACGUAAAAAACAGUUUUAAUCGUCUAUCAUUCGCCGAUAUGGUUAAUGACUAUAUUACUGUUUUUAUGACUAUUAUAUGCGUUGCUCGUAGCAUGACCAUUUACAAGAAACAAUAUAGUGAAAUAUUCAAGGGUUUCAUAACUGAUGUGCACCUGUUCAAUGGGAGAAAACAGUCAGCUUACGCGAUGAAGACACACCUAUCCAUACAUAAAUAUUCACAUUUCUUCACGUUUUACAUGAUAUGUCUUUUAUUGUUUGGUGACAUGUUUUUCUCUAUCGUCCCUAUUAUCAUGAACAUAAGGGCCGGGGGAUUCAAAGCUUCGCCCCCUAAAAAUUUGACAUAUGAAUUGUCUGUUAACUACGCUCUUCCUUUCGACUACCACCACAAUUUCAAUGGCUAUAUUGUGGUGUCAAUCUUCAACUUUUGCGAAACCCUUCUCGCUGCUGACUACUUCUGCAUCAUAGACUCCUACAUGGGAUUGCUCAUGUUCCACUUAUGGGGACACUUGAAGAUCAUUGUCCACGACCUUGAUUACUUCCCGAGGCCUCGAAAUGACAGUGUCGCAUUCUGUGGACGUUAUACCGACGAAGAAUUGCUGCAAGUGAGAGAAAAACUAAAGUCCAUCGCACAACACCACAAUCGGGUUUUAAAAUACAUAAAAGAUGUGCAAGAAACCUUCGGGCCGGCUAUAGCGCUGAGCUACGGUUUCUACCAGGUCACCCUGUGCAUUCUGCUCUUUGGGAGUUCACAACAGGGUCUCCAAGGGUUUAUACGUUACGCGCCUAUGACAGUGGCAUUACUGUCCCUACUGAUUCAGAUGUCUCUAACUUUCGAACUUGUUGGUUCAAUGAGAGAUCAAUUGAUAAAUUCUGUCUACGGAAUGCCCUGGGAAUGCAUGGAUGUGAGCAACCGAAAGUCAGUGUUGAUUAUAUUGCAACUAGUUCAACGACCUCUGGGCCUGAAAGCUGUGGGAAUGGUCGAGGUUGGCUGCAACACUAUGAUGACGAUAUUGAAAACAUCGAUAUCGUACUUCGCUAUGCUGAGAACUAUGGCAGUUGAUUAAAAUAUUAUGGCUACACUAUACAAUGCACAUUAUUCGACGACAGACUCCACUUUGAUGACUACCACUACUUUAUUUACUACAUAAUAACAGUUUGGUAUGGUCCUGGAAGAGAUUGCUCAUUGCAAUAUGGCCGAAUUUUGUACGUCCCUUUCUCAGUUUUCCCACUUCGUCGAUCUGAAACUUUAUUUUUGUUGAUCAUAUUUAUAUUGAUGUGCAUGUCUGAAACAGAUCAAUUAUUUUUAAUUCUGAACGUAACAUAUGCUAUUAUUUGCUUUUAUGCAAUAACAACUUUUGUAAGUGGCCAGUAACAGCCUGUUUGAUUCCAUCCGUUGCAGAAGAGCUUAAUAUUAUUGAACUGUAAUCUUACACUUUAGCUUAACAAUGAUUAAUUCUAGCAAUGUACCUAUUUUAUUUAAUUUCAUAUAUUAAAGCAUCUACCUUCACUCUGUAA